ACCAUUGAUCCAUAUCAGUCAGUCCACCAAACUGGUCUUUAAGCAAUUUUCUUCCCUGUCGUUUACAAAACCCCAUUGUUCGAGAAAAGGGAGGUGGGAGAAGACCAUAAGCGAUGGAAUUUGAUGGCGAUACAGCUCAAGAGCGACACAAAACGACUCUUUUGUCUUGUAGUUCUUCUUGGCGUUUAUCUCUUUUGCGGAGCAGCUGUAUUUCAGGUUUUAGAGAACGAAAAUGAAGCUCAUCAAGUUGAUCAUUUGAAUGGAAUAAGACAGACACUUUUUAACAAGUAUAAUAUUUCUAAAGAGGAGUUUGAUUUCUUAGUACGUAAGAUAGAGAUGGCGACGAAAUAUGGCUGUGGUGGGCCGCCAGAUAGCUGGUGUAUAUCAAGAUGGUCUUACUAUGCCUCGCUGUAUUUUACAUGGAGUGUUGUUACCACAAUAGGGUAUGGUCACUUGGCUCCCGCAACUAUGGAAGGACGAAUAUUCUGUAUGGUUUUUGCAUUUUUUGGAAUCCCGCUCAACCUAAUGAUCCUCAAAAACAUUGGCGAUCGCGUCAACGAUCUUAUCCAUUACAUUCAUUAUCUGGUUAUCGUCAAAUUGAGUAAAAAAGACGUUGAAGUUCUUCGGACAAGAACACUUGUAUGGACGCUUGGAUUUGUAAUUAUCAUGCUGUUGUUUGGAGCGACGCUAUAUUCGCAGACAGAACACUGGAACUUCUUUGACGGGAUUUACUUUUGUUUUGUGACUUUCUCGACGAUAGGGUUUGGAGAUUUGGUGCCUAAUCAAGGGGGACCCCCGAAAAACGUCCCAGACGGUUUAUUAGAAGUACUGCGUGCUUUAGUGAUAAUCCUUGGUCUUUCCAUGUUCUUCUCGAUCAUCUCGUCCAUUCUUAGCGCAUCAGAAGAGUUGCGCUUAACAUUUCCGCUAACCAGAAAAAGCAAAGAAAAUGGAGACAAAAUUCAAAAUGGAACAAUAAAAAAAUCUGACGAAAAACAAAACGAUCAAACAGACUAAACAAAAUAUAAGCUUAUUAUUGAGAGAACAUUAUCUUUUUGUACAAAAACCUAUAUAUACUAUAAAGGAAGAUGCUUUGGUAAAAAUUCUUAUCUGAUUAGAACAAACAAUAAAUGAGAUAUUAUUAAAAAGUUUCAAAGUUUC